CUUUGAGCACCUUUGGGCAACUUUGGUUGACGUUAGUCCGGAAGUGUGUUGCAUGAGUUUUCUUGUGAUUUGUCUUUGCCGUUCAUUGAACAUUUCCGUCACUUUCUAAGUCAGUAUAGUUCUAUUUUUUUAUGUUAGGAUUGAACCGGUUCCUCCUGCACCACCGUUUAUAACGAGGACAGACUUUAUUAAACCAGUAAAGAGGAUAAACUCAGAUGGCGGAGAAAGGCGGUGCUCCUGUGGCCCGGGUGCUGCUGCAGCAGUGUCUGCAGGCCAGACUGCAGGUGAAGCCAGCAGAGGAAAACUCAGAGGCUCAGUUUGUCCAGAUCGACAGAGGAAUGGUGAUCUACAUCUGCUUCUUUAAAGGAGCCACAGACGACAUCCUGCCCAAAAUGGUGUCCACGCUGUUGAACCUGCGUCUGUGUGAGUCCGACUCUGGGAAGAUGGUGUCAGUGCUGGAGCUUCCCGGCAGCGUGCUGAUCGUCCCCCAGGCCACGCUGGGCGGGAAGGCCAAAGGCAGGGCCAUGCAGUACCACAACAACAUCAGCAAAGAGGACGGACUGCGGCUCUACGGAGACUUCGUUUCUCUGUGUGAGAAGGAACUGACGGCUGCUUCAGCUGAAGUGACGGUGAAACACGGGACGUAUGGAAACAGACAAGUGCUGAAGCUCGACACCAACGGACCCUACACACAUCUGAUGGAGUUCUGAGACAUGAAGCUUUGCUAGUGCCAUCAUGGAGGUCCAAAUGGUCACUAAAUUCAUGUGUAAAUAUCUAUAACCGAGGCUGGAAACAGUACCUAAGACUUUAUGUAUUGAUAUUUGAUGUAUGCAUUUUUUAUAUCAACAAAAUUACACUGGAAUAUGUCACCGUUUUUUGUGUAAUCCCCUUAGGUGUCUUAAAAAUAUGCUGAGAAGGCCACAAAGUGUUCAUAAACUCUGCAGUAAACAUACCUGCUGAAUGCA